AUGGCGGCAACGCCGAAGGCAUGUUUGGCGGUAUGGGCGGCGCUGGCCAUCCAGGCAGAGGCCUUUGUGCCCCCGGUGAACCCCUUGUCUGCCGCGAGGCCAGCAGGCGUCGACACGAGAGCGGUGUACUCUUCUUCCGCCGUCAGCAGCGGCAGCAGCAGGCGGGAGUCCGCGCUGUACAUGUCCGAAGGGGCUAAGAAGAAGAUUGUGAUUACCGGCGUAGGUUCGCUCUCGUCAGUGGGCAUCGGUGCGGAUAGCCACUACCAGGCUUUGCUUGACGGAAAGAACGGGAUCGAGACCCUGCCCGAGUGGGCGGAGGAGUACCCGUGCAAGAUCGGGUGUUUGGUUAAGGACUUCAAGCCAUCAGACUGGAUGGACGGGAAGGACGCCAAGCGCCAGGGCCGCUACACGCAGUUCGCCAUGGCUGCCACGAAGCUGGCGCUAGAGGACUCAAAGCUCGACACAGAGGCGGUGGACAAGGACCGAUUCGGCGUGUUGAUUGGGUCGGGCAUCGGGGGCGUCGAAUUUUUCGAGAACAACUGCAACAAGUUUACCGCUGCCGGAGCAGGGGCGAAGGGGCUCAAGAAGGUGUCGCCUUUCCUUAUCCCCGCCCUCAUCUCCAACACGGCCUCGGGAGUCGUGGCGAUCGAGCACAAGUGCCGUGGACCUAACUUCGGCGUGGUAUCGGCUUGCGCGACCGGGACGCACGCUAUCGGGACGGCCAUGGACUUCAUGCUCAGGGGCGAGGCGGACGUGAUGAUCGCCGGGGGGUCCGAGGCGGCCAUGACCCCGCUCUGCUUCGCCGGGUUCUGCUCCAUGCGCGCCAUGGUGACCUCGUUUAAUGACGACCCCGAGAAGGCCUCGAGACCCUUCGACAAGGACAGAGCCGGCUUCGUCAUGGGCGAGGGAGCGGGGGUGCUUAUCCUGGAGACCGAGGAACACGCCCUGGCGAGAGGGGCCACCAUCUACUGCGAGGUGGCGGGCUACGGGGCUACCUGCGACGCUCACCACAUCACCGCUCCUGCCCCAGAUGGCAACGGCCUGGCGAGGGCCAUCGGGGCGUCCAUGAAGAUGGGGGGUAUCGAGGCCGAGGACAUGGUGGGAGGAUACAUCAACGCGCACGGCACGUCUACUCCGUACAACGACAAGUUCGAGACCAUGGCCAUCAAGAGGGUGCUCGGAGAGGACGUGGCGAAGCAGGUGUACAUCAGCUCCACCAAGUCGAUGAUGGGGCACACGUUGGGUGCGGCAGGGGGGCUAGAGGCUAUCGUCUGCGCGCAGGUGUUGAGGCAUGGGGAGAUCCCGCCAACCAAGAACUUGGAAAACCCAGCCCUUGAAGACGGGUGCGACCUCAACUACUGCCCCGGAGAGAAGGUUGUGCCCGCCGUGAAGCCAAAGGUUGCCAUCAGCGACAACUUGGGCUUCGGAGGCCACAACGCCGCCCUCGCCUUCAAGGCUUACGAAGCGUGAGGCGGCAGCGGGGGGAUCGACAGCAGCAGAGCUUACAGAAACAAACCAUAGCACUGAGAAGAACGGGCGAGAGACCAAGUCACUCAAGAAGAGCCUAGAAGGCGAAAGGAGAAGCGGCUCGAUACAUAGGGCAAAGCGUGGCCGCUUAGUGGGAGUGCUGUACAAAAAUAGUUACUUCCAUCGUCCUAGUGUCCAGUCCAUAGAUAGGCGAGAGCUCUGUUUGUUGCAACUCUCUUCCACGUUAAUCAAAGUCUU